AUGUCAUUAUUUAUAAGAAAUUCCGUCCGAAGAAUUGCUAUUCUCACUGGUUUUAUUGGGGGAAUUUAUCUUGUUGAUGAUAAAUUAAAUGCCAGAACCUUACAACGAAACGCUUUGACAGCUUGGAAUGGUCUCUGCAUAGGAUUAGAUUACAAGAUCAAUUUUAGACCUGGCAAAGGUGAUAAAAUAGAAGAACUUCAUGAACGAGUUGCAAAUAGAAUUUUAAAUACUUGUCGUUCGAAUGGUGGUCUAUAUAUAAAAUUAGGACAAUCUAUUGGAGUGCAGUCUAGUAUUUUACCAACAGCUUACCAAAGAGCAUUUAAACAGUUAUAUGAUGAUGCUCCAGCUGUUGAAUUUGAGCAGGUGGUAAAGAUAUUUAAAGAAGAUUUUAAUUGCCAUCCAGAUGAUAUUUUUGAUGACUUUGAACGCAAUGCUAUAGCUUCAGCAAGUGUUGCGCAAGUUCAUCGAGCAAAGCUAAAAAAUGGAACAUUGGUGGCAGUCAAAGUACAAAAGCCAGAUAUAAGAAAGCAAAUGGUUACUUAUAAAGCAUUAAUGUAUUUAUAUGAAUAUAUUUUCGAUCUUCCUCUCACAUGGUCAGCUGAUUAUACAGAAAAACAUAUAAGGCAAGAAGUUGACUUUGAGAAUGAAGGAAGGAAUGCAGAAAAAACAACUAAACAUUUAGAGAUGGAAAAGUCAUUACGUAAUAAAGCUUAUAUACCAAAAAUACAUUGGGAUUAUACAAGUAAACGAGUUUUAACUGCAGAAUGGAUUGAUGGAGGUAUAGGUUUUGUGCAUGCUGAUCCACAUCCCGGUAAUGUCUUCGUUAGACCAAAUCCAAAUAAUUCAAAGAAUUUUCAAAUAGUUUUAAUUGAUCAUGGGUUAUAUGUGGAAGAAUCUAUAGUGUUUCGACAUCAAUAUUGUUUAUUAUGGAAAUCUGUAAAAUGGGGAAUUGCCGAAAGUGACUUAUUUAUUAGUGCCCAAAUUAUGAAACCAUAUAAAUCUCAAACUGCUAUCCAUGUUUCAUCAACAAAAUCAGUUACGUUACAAGAUGCUUAUGAAAUGCAAAUGGCAAUAAAAGAUAAUAUAAAAAAAUUUUUAACUGAUACUGAAUUAAUUCCCAGAGAAUUAAUAUUUAUUGGUAGAAAUAUGAAUAUUGUAAGAUCAUUAAAUAGAGAAUUAGGUAGUCCAGUAAAUAGAAUAAAUCUUAUGGGUAAUUGGGCUGUAAAAGGUUUAGGUGCUGAUUGGUCUAAUUGGGCAACUUUAUUGAUGAUAUCUUUUGGUCUUUAUUUAACUCAAACAAAAGAGGUGAUUGAUAGUUGGAUUAGAAGUGGUGGAAACGUAGGAAAUGCUCGAGGAUUUGAAGAAUUAUUGGAUGAUCAAAUGAAAAGUUCAUUAGAAGAAAAUUUUGGUAUUAUAUUGGAUCAAAGAUUUUUUGAGGGUUGA